UUGCUGGAGUACGUGGGUAAAGGGAAGAGCAUUGUGGAUGUGGGUUUGGCUCAAUCCCGUCUACCCCUCAACACACGCUGCCACUACUACGAGCUGGAGAUCACCGACUCAGGAGAGAAGUGCUACAUCGCCCUGGGACUGGCACGCAGGGUACGUAUCGUUAUCAUUGUUUUAUUUAUGUAUUUUGUUGAAGGAUUUUUGGGGUGGGGGAGAGAGGCAGUAAAGAGCAAAAGGGAAGUAAGGAAGUGAAAUGGUGUGCUAGAACAGCGUACAUCGGCCAGAUUCAAAACCAUUCCAGAGCACUGGCGUACAGUGCCUUGCAUUACAACCUGUAAUUUAAAUUGGUUUUUAUUUGUAUUUCAUGUAAUGGACAUACACAAAAUAGUCCAAAUUGGUGAAGUGAAAUGAAGAAAAGAAACUUGUUUCAAAAAAUUAGAAAAAAUAAAUAACGGAAAAGUGGUGCGUGCAUAUAUAUUCACCCCCUUUGCUAUGAUGCCCCUAAAUAAGAUCUGGUGCAACCAAUUACCUUCAGAAGUCACAUAAUUAAGUUAAAUAAAGUCCAACCCUGAAGGAGCUGCAAAGCUCCACAGCUGAGAUUGGAGUAUCUGUCCAUAGGAGCACUUUAAGCCCCCCCAAAAAAUUAGGAGCCUUCAGAAAGUAUUAAUUCCCCUUGACUUAUUCCACAUUUAGUUGUGUUAAAGCCUUCACCCACCUACACACAAUUCCCCAUAAUUUGCUAAUUUAUUGAACAUGAAAUACAGAAAUAUCUAAUUGACAUAAGUAUUCACACCCCUGAGUCAAUACAUGUUAGAAUCACAUUUGGCAGCGAUUACAGCUUUCUGGGUAAGUCUAAGAGCUUUGCACACCAGGAUUGUACAAUAUUUGCAGAUUAUUAUUUUUUAACAUUUUCAAGCUCUGUCAAGUUAGUUGUUGAUCAGUCAUUUUCAAGUCUUGCCAUAGAUUUUCAAGUCGAUUUAAGUAAAAACUGUAUCUAGGCCACUCAGGAACAUUAAAUGUUUUCUUAGUAAGCAAUUCCAGUGUAUAUUUGGUCUUGUGUUUGAGGUUAUUGUCCUGCUGAAAGGUAAAUUAAUCUCUGUGUCUGGUGGAAAGUAGACUGAACCAGGUUUUCCUCUAGGAUUUUGCCUGUGCUUAGUUCCAUUCAGUAAAAUGUUUCUCCUGAAAAACUCCCCAGUUCUUAAUGAUUACAAGCAUAACCAUAAAAUUAUGCAGCCACCACUAUGCUUGAAAAUAUGGAGAGUGGUACUCAGUAAUGUGUUGUAUUGGAUUUGGCCCAAACAUAACACUUUGUAUACAGGAAAAAAUUUGAAUUGCUUUGCCACAUUUUUUGCAGUAUUACUUUAGUGUCUUGUUGCAGACAGGAUGCUUUUGAAUAUUUUUUGUAUGUGUGGGGUACAGAGAUGAGAUAGUCAUUCAAAACAUCAUGUUAAACACUAUAAUUGCACACAGUCCAUGCAAUUUAUUAUGUGACUUGUUAAGCACAUUUUUACUCCUGAACUCCUCCUCCCGAGUGGCGCAGUGGUCUAAGGCACUGCAUCGCCGUGCUAGCUGUGCCACUAGAGAUCCUGGUUCGUAUCCAGGCUCUGUUGUAGCUGACCGUGACCGGGAGACCCAUGGGGCGGCGCACAAUUGGCCCAGCGUCGUCCAGGGUAGGGGAGGGAAUGGCCGGCAGGGAUGUAGCUCAGUUGGUAGAGCAUGGCGUUUGCAAUGCCAGGGUUGUGGGUUCGUUUCCCACGGGGGGCCAAUAUGAAAAAAGAAAAAUAAUGUAUGCACUCACUAACUGUAAGUCGCUCUGGAUAAGAGCGUCUGCUAAAUGACUAAAAUGUAAAUGAACUUAUUUAGGCUUGCAUAACAAAGGGGUUGAGUACUUAUUGACUCAAUACAUUUCAGCUUUCAUUAUUAAUUAAUUUGUAAAAAUGUCUAAAACAUUAUUCCACUUUGACAUUAUGGGGUAUUGUGUUUAGGCCAAUGACACAAAACUCAGGCUGUAACACAACGAAAUGUGGAGAAAGUCAAGGGGUGUGAAUACUUUCUUAAGGCACUGUGUGAGGCACCCUCCCAUCUGUUGUACAAAUUCCUGAUGUGCAUUUGAAGACAUUUGCAGGCCUCAAUUCCAAAGGAAUGGGUACCAUCUGAAAAGGUGGAAUUAGGCUAGAUGCCAAUCAAACCUUAAUAUUGGGGUGAAAAGGAGGUCAAAGGAAGGGGAAACUGAGGUAGACUAGUUGUUUAACCAGUCAGUGUCUUUGGUCAAAUGUUGCUGUCAUGUUGCUUAUCUCGUUAGCCCAGCCAUGACGAUCCUAUCCUCUUUUGACUGUUUCUCUACCUACUUCCACCCCAUUCCGAGUGAUGGAUGAUGGAAAGGGGAAAAGUGAACAACAGAAUAAAUAUUGUCUCAUUUGAACCCCUCAUUUGGUUUUCUGUAGAAAACACAGGCUGUACCAUUUACAUGCUAACCCGCCGUGCUAACAUGAUAGCAACACUGAUUGAAGUGGAGUGUGGGAAAUGUGCUGUAUCGGACCAGGUCUCCACCUCACAAGAUUACAGACACUUAUCUACCCUUCUCUCUCUUUUUCUUUUUUCUUUUUCUUUCUCUUUUUCUCUCUUCUCUCUAAUUAUCCAUAUAUCUCUGUUUUUUCUUCUUCUGUUACUCACGGCAAGCAUUGUUUAUUUCACUAUUUCCAACUGAAUGACAACUUUCACGGUGUGACGGUUUUCUAAGCAUGGCUAUUAGGCCGCUAGGUAGCUGGGCAUUUUUGUCUAUUGAGGUGCUUACCACUGAGUAGCACCAUAAAAAGCAAAGUAUGCAGCAAGUGUUUGCGUCCUCUGGGUUAGAAAGAUCAAGUUGAUAAUAUCAUAGAAAAUUAUAAAGCUGAUAUCCUAAAUUAAUUAAUUUGGCCCCUUUCCAACGGUGUCUCUCUUUAUAAUUUAUGACAGCGUUUAUCUCCAUAUUGUGCAAAUAUCAUUCGUCAAAAGAGGGCUUUUCUAAUGACUGUCUGCUCAACACAGAGACACCUGAACUUGUUAUGACAUCAGAGAUUUAAUCAACAUGGAAUCUGCACAUCCUGUUUAAUGUAAAUGAAAGACCUCCUACUUCAGAUAUGUCAGUUAUUUGAUCAGAUAAGAGAACCUGGAAAUAAGAGCCCCUAGGAACUGUUGGAUCCUUAUGGAACUUUUUUGACUGCAUCUGGAGCUCCCACUCUUGCAACAUCACAAAGAGUUUCAAGUAGGUCACAGUUCAAGUAGGCCUCCCCGUUUCAGCAAACGAAGGAGAGUUUGGCUGCUCAACAACAAAUGGCAGGAAUUCCCUAGGGCUUACCCAGGAAAAAACACAAAAUGACUUACUCAGAGGAGAAACGUCAGGAUAUCUGUGUUUUAUCGGAAUAUGGAACAUAGCCUGAGCGUAAGAAGUAAAUCCCAGCCUGUUUUUUGAGUGCUCCAACUCCUGUUUAUCAUGAAUUUGUCUUUUGGAAGUUUGUUCCAUGUGUGUUGUAAGGAUGUGUUGUACCCAGACAGUGACAAUGACUGUAAAUCAUCCAUUGGGUGUUGCGGCGAAACCAUCCUGAUGUUACGUUUGGCCAUCUCAUCUACCUUUGAUCAAGUCCACACCCUGAGAAGUGACAGAGCAUUGUUCAUCUGGAUGAGGACGAAAGAAUAGAGCUCUGUGAUUUCACUGAUUCGUUUUCCAGGAAUUGUUUUCUGGAGCAGUCUGCGGUUCUGGUGGGGCAUCUUAAAUGUAUCAGUCUGCCAUUCCUGAGGUUUCAGACUUCUACCCCUCCACAUCCUAUCAGGCCCAAUGAGCCAUCCUCUCAUCACUGUGUUGAUGUGAACCAUUAUCUUUCGCAGGAAAAAACAACAGAGGCGGACGUCAUCCCCGUUCAGAAACCACUUACAUGUCACUCUAUCUCUCUGUCCCUUACCUCUCCUUCUUUUUCUUCUCUGAUUCUCGGUGAAAGGUCUGUUGAUAAGGUCCGUCUGCUAGCUAAAUAACAAAAAAAUACAAAAAAAUCACUUUUUAAUCCCUUGAUCAUAAUCUCACUCGAUCUUCUCACCCUUCCAUCUCUCCAUUUAUCUAUCUUUCUCCCCCUCCCUCAACCCUCCAUUGCCUCACCUGUCCAUCUCCAUACCUCUCCACUAUCUUACCCUCUCUUUAUCAACUGUCCUCUCCCCUCUGUGUCUCUAUCUCUCCAUCUCUACCAAUAAAGCCCUUGGCACAAAAGCAGCUCUCUUCUCAUUCUUCUCAAUAAGAGUUAGCAUUAGUCAUUACCUAGUGGCUCCACAGUACAUGUCUUUGUUAGUGUGUGUUACAGUGAACAAUACCAGCAUAGAGGCGAGGGCUGUUAGCUCCGGUGUUGCCAUCCCCAGGUGAUGUUACCCACUGUGUGUUAAAGAUUAGCAUCUGAGUGUUUUGAGAAAGCUGUUUUAUCAAUGGAUAGUGGUUUCUGUGGUUAAAGCCUAUAACAAAUAGUGUCUUCAGAGUAGCAGUGACUCAUCAAAGGGUUUUAUGGCUGCAAAUCCAGACCCUUUUAAUGACUUAUCUGUGUGAAAAUAUAUUGCAGAGAUAGAGGUGGAGUAGAGUGGGAUGGGGGAAGAACUUUAAAGAGUGAUGUGUUUCAACCUAAUCUAAAUGCUCUUAUCGGUCCUGCAUGAGGACGUCCUUUGUAUGGGCUUACGGACAAGGUGCACGCUGGGACUGGGGAAGACUGUUCCCUAUUAAGUGUGACUCAUCCUCAGAUCUAAUCAGCAACAACACUUGGCCUCUGUUGGGGUUUCUGUUAAAUCACCUGGGGGCUCAAUGGUGCAUUUGCUGGAAACUGAAUCAAUGAAUCACACACACGCAAGCAUGCGCACACACACACACACACACACACACUAAUCAGUAACAGGAAAGUGUCAUUAGACAUACAGAACACACACCUCGUAUGAGGGUCGUUCCACCUCAAAAAGCACAAGAAAGAGGAUUUCGACACCCACCAUCUCAGAUUGUUCAGAAAUCGUUUAUGUAGUUAGUAACAGAUAUGAUUAGCAUUCCUGAAACAUUCUUUUGUUGACAUUUUAUUUUAUUUCUGAGAAAUUAAGCUAAUCGAUGGCACCCAAAUUUGUCAUUUUAAUUUAUUGGAUUCAGAUAAUGUUCUUCCUACCAAUGAGUAAGACAUAAGGAAUCCCCCCCCCCCAAAAUUCAAAAACCACCCACAGAACCCCCACAUUUUACAUUUAGAUUUUAGUCAUUUAGCAGACACUCUUAUCCAGAGCGACUUAGUGAGUGCAUACAUUUUCAUACUGGCCCCCCGUGGGAAACGAAACCACGACCCUGGCAUUGCAAGCGCCAUGCUCUACCAACUGAGCUACAUGGGACGCCCCAACAACCAGUAUAUAGUAUCAGUUCUCUAUGUUUGACAAGUACAAUUAAGCUGUGGCUUGGAGUAUUGCUUCUCCAUACUAUGUCAUGUAUCCCCUAUGAAUCUGGUGAUGUUUUUUUCCCCCCAGUUCAGAGACAUUAGUAAUUGAAGUCACUUGCAUUAUUUACCAUAAAGUAGUGUGAAAGUACCAGGUUUUGACCACUAGAUGCCACUGAUCUUACUAUACCGCCACACUCACAACAUUUUAUUUGCAACUUGGGUAUAAAACCAAUAGAUUUGUCUAAUUAUGGAAAAUAAUUGUGGUCAUCCUCACAAUUCAAGCCAGUCCCCAAUGAAAGCAAUUCAGUUUCUCCUAAUAGCAACCUAAUGCUUCAACCCAACUCUCCUUGAAUAGUCCAACAAGUGGCCGCUCUCUGAUACAGCUAUCGCCAUGCAAUUCUCAUUUGAAGACUUUUCCUACAGUUGUGGUCAAAGGUUUUGAGAAUGACACAAGUAUUUGUCUUCACAAAGUUUGCUUCUUCUGUGUUUUUAGAUAUUUUUGUCAGAUGUUACUAUGGUAUACUGAAGUAUAAUUACAAGCAUUCCAUAAGUGUCAAAGUCUUUUAUUGACAAUUACAUUAAGUUUAUGCAAAGAGUGAAUAUUUGCAGUGUUGACCCUUCUUUUUCAAGACCUCUGAAAUCCGCCCUGGCAUGCUGUCAAUUAACUUCUGGGCCACAUCCUAACUGAUGGCAGCCCAUUCUUGCAUAAUCAAUGCUUGGAGUUUGUCAGAAUUUGUGGGAUUUUGUUUGUCCACCCGCCUCUUGAGGAUUGACCACAAGUUCUCAAUGGGAUUAAGGUCUGGGGAGUUUCCUGGCCAUGGACCCAAAAUGUCGAUAUUUUGUUCCCCGAGCCACUUAGUUAUCACUUUUGCCUCAAGGCAAGGUGCUCCAUCAUGCUGGAAAAGGCAUUGUUCGUCACCAAACUGUUCUUGGAUGGUUGGGAGAAGUUGCUCUCGGAGGAUGUGUUGGUACCGUUCUUUAUUCAUGGCUGUGUUCUUUGGCAAAAUUGUGAGUGAGCCCACUCCCUUGGCUGAGAAGCAACCCCACACAUGAAUGGUCUCAGGAUGCUUUACUGUUGGCAUGACACAGGACUGAUGGUAGCGCUCACCUUGUCUUCUCCGGACAAGCUUUUUCCCGGAUGCCCCAAACAAUUGGAAAGGGGAUUCAUCAGAGAAAAUGACUUUACCCCAGUCCUCAGCAGUCCAAUCCCUGUACCUUUUGCAGAAUAUCAGUCUGUCCCUGAUGUUUUUCCUGGAGAGAAGUGGCUUCCUCGCUGCCCUUCUUGACACCAGGCCAUCCUCCAAAAGUAUUCGCCUCACUGUGCGUGCAGAUGCACUCACACCUGCCUGCUGCCAUUCCUGAGCAAGCUCUGCACUGGUGGUUCCCCGAUCCUGCAGCUGAAUCAACUUUAUGAGACGGUCCUGGCGCUUGCUGGACUUUCUUGGGCGUCCUGAAGCCUUCUUCACAACAAUUGAACCUCUCUCUCCGAUAAAUGGUUGAUUUAGGUGCAAUCUUACUAGCAGCAAUAUCCUUGCCUGUGAAGCCCUUUUUGUGCAAAGCAAUGAUGAUGGCACAUGUUUCCUUGCAGGUAACCAUGGUUAACAGAGGAAGAACAAUGAUUUCAAGCACCACCCUCCUUUUAAAGCUUCCAGUCUGUUAUUCUAACUCAAUCAGCAUGACAGAGUGAUCUCCAGCCUUGUCCUCGUCAACACUCUCACCUGUGUUAACAAGAGAAUCACUGACAUGAUGUCAGCUGGUCCUUUUGUGGCAGGGCUGAAAUGCAGGGGAAAUGUUUUUUUGGGAUUAAGUUCAUUUUCAUGGCAAACUUUGCAAUUAAUUGCAAUUCAUCUGAUCACUCUUCAUAACAUUCUGGAGUAUAUGCAAAUUGCCAUCAUAAAAACUGAGGCAGUAGACUUUGUGAAAAUUAAUAUUUGUGUAAUUCUCAAAACUUUUGACCACGACUGUACAAGCCCAAAACUUGAAUGGAGAAAUGGGCUAGGGACUAAAAUGUUGUGACAACCCUAAUAAAAUAAUUAAUUGCCUGGCAGUCUGUCUUUUAAUACAAUUAUGAGGAAACAGCUCUAUAUGUAUUGUGUUUAGUGACAUUUACCAUUAAACCCAACGCAACCCAAUACCAUCACAAUUGCAAAACACUAUACAAUUUGGGACUUUUACCAUUGAAGACCAUUAGAGACCAUAACAUUGAAACCAUUAGAGCUGCUGUAGCCUAAUGGUUUGCUUUGUUCACCAGGAAUGGUCUAACAAUAAGUAAUCCAGACCUUUUUUUAAGGGAAUAAACUACACACACCCAAGGGGCCAUUUCCUGGACACAGAUUAAGCGUAAAAGAAGGACAAACUGAUUUGCUUGAAUGGAGGACUAGCAUGAAUUGUGAGGAUGACCACAAAUGCAUUUUCAUCAUGAGACAAAUCUAUUGGUUUUCUACCCAAAGUUGCAAAGAAAAUGUUGUGAUCUAUUUAAUAAACACAAGAGAUCAGCAAAAUGGAUAAAUGUGGCGUUAUAGCAGGAACAGCGGCAUCUAGUGAUCAAAACCUGGUACAUUCACACUACUUUAUGGUAAAUAAUGCAAGCGACUUCAAUUACUAAUUUCUCUGAACAGGGGAAAAAAACAUCACCAGAUUCACAGGGAAUACAUAACAUAGUAUGGAGGAGCAAUACUCCAAGCCGCAGCUUCAUACUACUUGUCAAACAUAGAGAACUGAUACUGUAUAGUGCAGUGGCGGUCGGUGCCGUUUAAGAUAAGGGAGGACAAUAAAAAAAAAUAUGAGCAUGGCCUUAUUUCUAUUACAGCAUAUUAGAUGACUCUCAUUAAUAUCCCAUUCACCCAGCUCAAUGUAACAUCAAUAUAUUUAGGCUACUACAUGAUCAUCUGAAUUUCCCUAUACCCAUCAUGAGGUUGCUACAACCUAGCCUAUGAAGGAAAGUUUACAACGUAGGUGCACAGGCCGAGAUCAUUUUUUAUAAUCAAGGUGACACAGUGACACAUUCAAUACCACCUUGCACACUCUUGCCUGCCUCUAGCUGAUCUAGGGUGUAAUCAUUAGUCCAACAGUUGCAAACGAGAGUUUCUAUUGGACAAAUUCAGGUAUGUUUAUCCCUGUUUCGUUCCAUUUGCUUCUGUUUAAGAAAUGUUUUUCAACAGAAUACACCCCUGAUCACAUGCAAACACAGUUCACUUUCAUAGCAGGCACAUACAAACAGCAUCAUCACUUUGCUUGUUGGAAUUCCUACUCGUAUCUACGCACUCUCCUCCUCUCUCACCUUUUCCCUUCACUUAUGGACUUCAGUGCAGAACACAUCAACAGUCUGUGACCAGGCGAAAAAACCUUUCCAAGCCAAACCUUCAUAUCAUAACCGCUAACCGCUACACACAGCCUACAUCGUUUUCACCAUAUUAUCAGUACAGUCAGCAAGCACUUUAGCAGUUAUACCUGCAGGACCCGGUGGCAAUAAAUUAAUAAAAGCAAAAGCUUACCUUGACUUUGAAGAGUUCCAGUGUUGGAUAGUCAGCUAGCUAACAUAGCAGCCCUUUCUGUUUGAGCCGGGUGUUUGAGUAGGCUAAACUAGCUAGCUAGCUAAUUAAGUGAAAGUGGAAAAAAUACUACAAAAUAUAGCUAUCUCUCGCUCUCUCUCUCUCUCUCUCUCUCUCUCUCUCUCUCUCUCUCUCUCUCUCUCUCUCUCUCUCUCUCUCUCUCUCUCUCUCUCUCUCUCUCUCUCUCUCUCUCUCUCUCUCUCUCUCUCUCUCGAUUCUCCUUCAUUUUUAAAGAAAUGUAUUUGUUCAAAACUGUUCAACUAUUGUCUUUAUCUCUUUGAGUCAACUACUCACCACAUUGUAUGCACUACAGUGCUAGCUAGCUGUAGCUUAUGCUUUCAGUACUAUAUUAAUUCUCUGAUCCUUUGAUUGGGUGGACAAAAUGUCAGUUCAUGCUGCAUGAGCUCUGAAAGGUUGGAGGACGUCCUCCGGAAGUUGUCAUAGUUACUUUGUAAGUCUAUGGAAGAGGGUAAGAACCAUGAGCCUCCUAGGUUUUGUAUUGAGGUCAAUGUACCCAAAGGAGGACGGAAACAAGCUGUCCUCCGGCUACACCAUGGUGUUACCAUACAGAGUGCUGUUGAGGCUACUGUAGACCUUCAUUGCAAAACAGUGUGUUUUAAUCAAUUAUUUGGUGACGUGAAUAUAUUUAGUAUAGUUGUAUCCCAAAAUUAUAGCUUUUUUAAUGUUUCACUAUUUUUAUGAAAUUCACUGAGGGGGAUGAUCCUCCUCUUCCUUCUCUGAGGAGCCUCCACUGGUAUACUGGUUGUUGGAGUGGGCUUGGCAUGGUGUGUGGGGGGUACAUGGGUGGAUUUUAACCAUUUUUCGGGGGGUUAAUCUUGUUUUAGUCAUUGGUAGGAAAGAGUUUGGUCCAAAUCGGAUUUUGGGUACAAUAUUUAUUUAAUGUUAUCUGAAUCCUAUCAAUUAAAAUGCCCAAUUUGGGUGCAAUCAAUGAGCUUAAUUUCCCAGAGAUUAAAUGAAAUUUAAACAAAAUAAUGUUUCAGAUAUGCCAGUCUUACCAUCUCAGAUUAUUCUGAAAUUGUUUCUGUAGUUAGAAACAGAUGGGUGUCAUGGCUUGCUGAAAUGACCAUUCAUGAGUAAAAUGAGACCUCCUUGACUUUGUAUUGACACAGGAUUACCCCAAAAACAGACACCCUGGCUGGAGCAGGGGUUCCAUAGCCUAUCAUGCAGGUGAGUAUCCUGAGUCAUGUAACGUCUGUCUGUCCUUCUGCAAGUGUUCCUGCAUGAUGGUUUGGUUGGUUGUUUGAAUGUGUCUGUCUCUGUACCUGCUUGCCAUACACUAAACAUGUGACUACUGUAGUUUAGCAUGAUUCUAAUUAUUGGUCAGACAGACUCCUGCCUUGAGACAUGUGCACAUAAGUCAAACUGUCACACAAAUAUCCCAUAACCCAAACUGUUACACAAAUCUCCCAUUGAUGUCAAUAUAUGGUUUCUGUAAAGCUAUCUUAUCCUGGUUUAUCUUAAGUUAGAAUUCGGCCCACAGUGUCAUAGUAGUAUGAAAGCCUUCAGUUCAUAGGGAGGAAGCAGUCAACCUCAUACUGUAUAGAACAGAAUGCAUCCUUCCCUGACUGUAUGAAAGGCCUGUGUGGUGUAGCCCUUGGCUAACCUAUAGAGGGAGACGGAAAGAAAAGUGGUCCAACUCAAGUACAUAGUGCACUACUUUUGACCAGAGCCCUAUGAAGGGAAUAAGGUGCCAUUUGGGGCUUAGCCAGCUGAGAGGAGUUGUUCAAGUCAGCAUGUAUGGUGGGAUACCCUGAUCAGUGUGUUUCUCUUAUGAUAAGCCUGUGUGUUUAUCACUGCUUAUCUGUCAAAGUCGUGAUUAGGUGAAACCCCACCUAGUGAUCUCUUCAUGUUUCAUGUGUUCCAUGUCAUUGUUUCCAUGGGGAUACGCCCUUUCUCUCUUCCAAUAAUACACCCUAAGGAUUAGACACAUUCCCCCUGACCUCUGGUUGAUAGUCAUCCAUUCCACUGGCCAGGGAGGUUGCGAUGAGAACAAGUGGAGUUUAAGUACAUGUUUUGAGGCCAGGCACCCCACCCUAAUAAGAUUUUUCUCUUAAUCAUAUCACAAUCAACUUUUACCAGUUGAAUGUACAGACAAAUAUAAUACUUUUUUAAAUAACAAUUGUUCUGAAAUAUUGCAUAACAUAUGCAAAUAAGAUGAUAUUUCAUUAAUUAUGCACAUACUGUAUUUGCAUAUACCGCAAAUACAUUUUUCUCGACACUAAAUAUUUGGGUUUCAUUUUGUUAAGAAACUCCAGGACUGGACUUACUCAGACCAGAUUAUGGAUAAAUACUUUUAAAAUAUUUCUAUCUGUAAAAUACUAAAGACAUAUAUACGUAAAAUGCUUUUUGGGCAAAUUUUCCGCGAACAAUUGUUCUAUAAUUUUUUUAGGACAACAUAUCAACAAUUUCCUUUGAAUAAUUAUGGAGAAUAUAUCGAAGGAUAACACACACACUUUGGUCAAUGUGUAGAUGCUUCUGAAGCUGAGAAAAUGUAGUUGGCAUGUGGGAAGAGUCUGACUUUCGGGAAAUGGCAAUUAAAGACAAGUACACUGAAUUUAGCCUACCAAUCAUCAAAGGCCUAUUUUGACCCAAUCACCAUCUUUUCAAAGUAAGUUACUAAAUAUAGUCCAGUUUGUAACAUUCUCUAAUGUUCUGAGGGCAAAAGGUGUUCCUAAUGUGAAAUAUUGAUUACAGUAGUAUGAUAAAUUAAAGAAAAUAUACAUUUACAUGAAGUUGGUGACAUUUUUAUCUGUACUUUUUUAAAGUGCUCAUAUUUAUGGACAAAAAUAUCACAAAAUCUCAAUUUAUAAAUGUAAUUUCAGCCUGUGGUACCCGGCCUUAAGCACUCAGGAGUCGGAGUCUCACUCAUUCUGAAGUUCUGGGUUGGACUCAUUUCCUUGUCAAUUGGCAAUGCAGGAGAUUAAUAGAAAUAGGAACUUUCUGUUUGCCCUGAACUGACUGAAUUUGCAUGGAAAGGCAGAAUGACAGCUCAAACUCACACACAUGCUCUCUCAUUCACAUACACACGCUCACUCUUCGCUCAUAGAUCUCUCAUUCCUUCCUCUCUCUCAGAUGAUGGGAAGCUAUUCCAGGGUAGUGGGGUGGGGGACGCCUUUGGCCCUCGCUGUUUUGAGGGGGACGUCAUGGGCUGUGGCAUCAUGUUCCCACGGGACUACACGGGAGGUGAGUUGAACAAUAGGCUGCUGCCAUCUUAUACCAUACAAAAUCCCCACUCACAUUUCCUGCUUUCUUUUAUUCUCCAAUAACAUUGUUUGUUUCAUGGUUGUCUGUCUAAUACGUUAUGUCUCCUCAUCUCCCUGUCUAUCAAUCUGUCUGUGUCUGUCUGACCAUAUCGGUGUGGCUCCCUCAGAUGACAGUGACGACGGGGACUUGGAGGUCCGGCCCAAGCAGCAGCGUGUCCAGAACGACCUCUACAUGAAUGAUGAAGACGAGGAGGAGGAUGGGGAAGAACAGGAGGGGAGUAAAGUCAUGGUGAGAGACUUAUCUUUUGUCUACAUCAGCAAACCUUCAAACGGGGCCAGAGCAUUAGCUCAGUGGGAAGCAGGGGAGAGGAGGUAUGACAAAUUAGUUAUGGGGUUUUAAUGUGAUACUUGGUUUGAUAUGGGAGUUGUCAAACAGUAGGCACUGAAGUGGAAAUUGGCAAUUUGUGUUGCUAUCCUCAAUUGAUUGAAAUGUAGCCCAACCCUGGUGUGAAUAUUAACUCACUGUCGCCCCCUUGUGUUGUGCCAGGUGUUCUUCACGCGGAAUGGGAAGGUGGUGGGCCGUAGGGAGGUGGCAGUGCCAGCAGGGGGGUUCUACCCUACCAUCGGCAUGAUGAGCACCGGGGAGAAAAUCAGGGUGGACCUGCACCCACUCAGUGGCUGA